GCGCGGCUCCGGGAGGCGGUGGCGGCGGCGGAAGCGGCGAGGGCGGCUGGCGUCCGGCUCUGAGGUGGUGGUGGUGGCGGUGGCGGCGGCGGCGGCGGCGGCGGCGGCGGCGGCGGCGGCGGCGGCUCCGGACUGGGCUCGGCUGGGAGCGAGCGAGGGUCGGGGGCGCCGGGUCGAGAGCCGAUCCCCCGGCUCGACCAUCCGCCAGCCGCCCGGACGCCUGGGCCGCGGAGUUCGUGUCCCGGCUCGGACCCCGGCGCCCAGCCCGGAGCCGUAACCUUGAGGCGGCGGCGGCGGGGCCGGGCCGGGCCGGGCCGGGGGGCGGCAGCGCUGGAUCCGCGGCUGCCCGAUCGUUGGCGGGAGAUGUCGAACCCCGGGACGCGCAGGAACGGCUCCAGCAUCAAGAUCCGUCUGACAGUAUUAUGUGCCAAGAACCUUGCAAAGAAAGACUUCUUCAGACUCCCUGACCCUUUUGCAAAGAUCGUUGUGGAUGGAUCUGGGCAGUGCCACUCAACGGACACUGUGAAGAACACGUUGGACCCAAAGUGGAACCAGCACUACGAUCUAUAUGUUGGGAAAACGGAUUCUAUAACCAUCAGCGUGUGGAACCACAAGAAAAUUCACAAGAAGCAGGGAGCUGGCUUCCUGGGGUGCGUGCGGCUGCUCUCCAAUGCCAUCAGCAGAUUAAAAGAUACUGGAUACCAGCGUUUGGAUCUAUGCAAACUAAACCCCUCAGAUACUGAUGCAGUUCGUGGCCAAAUAGUGGUCAGUUUACAGACACGAGACAGAAUAGGCACUGGAGGGUCCGUGGUAGACUGCAGAGGGCUGUUAGAAAAUGAAGGAACUGCGUACGAAGACUCAGGGCCGGGAAGGCCACUCAGCUGCUUCAUGGAGGAACCAGCCCCUUACACGGAUGGCACUGGGGCUGCUGCUGGCGGGGGUGGCUGCAGGUCUGUGGAAUCCCCGAGUCAAGAUCAAAGACUUCAGGCCCAGCGACUGCGAAGUCCUGAGGUCCGAGGGUCACUCCAGACGCCGCAGAACCGACCUCACGGCCACCAGUCCCCGGAACUGCCCGAAGGCUACGAACAGAGAACAACGGUGCAGGGGCAGGUUUACUUCCUGCACACGCAGACUGGAGUUAGCACGUGGCACGACCCCAGGAUACCCAGAGACCUUAACAGCGUGAACUGUGAUGAACUUGGACCACUGCCACCCGGUUGGGAAGUCCGAAGUACAGUUUCCGGGAGAAUAUAUUUUGUAGAUCAUAAUAACCGAACAACCCAGUUUACAGACCCAAGGUUACACCACAUCAUGAAUCACCAGUGCCAACUAAAGGAGCCCAGCCAGCCGCUGCCACUGCCCAGUGAGGGCUCCGUGGAAGACGAGGAGCUUCCCGCCCAGAGAUAUGAGAGAGAUUUAGUCCAGAAACUGAAGGUCCUCAGACACGAGCUCUCGCUUCAGCAACCCCAAGCUGGUCACUGCCGCAUCGAAGUAUCCAGAGAGGAAAUAUUUGAGGAGUCUUAUCGCCAGAUAAUGAAGAUGCGACCAAAAGACUUGAAAAAGCGACUGAUGGUGAAAUUCCGAGGAGAAGAAGGUUUGGACUAUGGCGGGGUGGCGAGGGAGUGGCUUUACUUAUUGUGCCAUGAGAUGUUGAAUCCGUAUUAUGGACUCUUCCAGUAUUCCACGGACAACAUUUACAUGUUGCAAAUCAAUCCCGAUUCUUCCAUCAACCCUGACCACUUGUCUUAUUUCCAUUUUGUGGGUCGGAUCAUGGGUCUGGCUGUGUUCCAUGGACACUACAUAAACGGGGGUUUCACAGUUCCCUUCUACAAGCAGCUGCUGGGGAAACCCAUCCAGCUUUCUGACUUGGAGUCGGUGGACCCGGAACUUCAUAAGAGCCUAGUGUGGAUUCUAGAGAACGACAUCACCCCCGUGCUGGACCACACGUUCUGUGUGGAGCACAACGCUUUCGGGAGGAUUCUUCAGCAUGAACUGAAACCCAACGGCAGGAAUGUCCCUGUCACAGAGGAGAACAAGAAAGAAUACGUCCGGUUAUAUGUAAAUUGGAGGUUUAUGAGGGGUAUCGAGGCCCAGUUCCUGGCUCUUCAGAAGGGGUUUAAUGAACUCAUCCCUCAACACUUACUGAAGCCUUUUGACCAGAAGGAGCUGGAGCUGAUCAUCGGUGGCCUGGACAAGAUCGACCUGGACGACUGGAAGUCCAACACGCGGCUGAAGCACUGCGGGGCCGACAGCAACGUGGUCCGGUGGUUUUGGCAGGCGGUGGAGACCUUCGACGAGGAGAGGAGGGCCCGGCUGCUGCAGUUCGUGACGGGCUCCACGCGGGUCCCCCUCCAGGGCUUCAAGGCGCUGCAAGGCUCUACAGGCGCCGCAGGGCCGCGGCUGUUCACCAUCCACCUGAUCGACGCGAACACAGACAACCUGCCCAAGGCCCACACCUGCUUUAACCGGAUCGACAUUCCACCCUACGAGUCAUAUGAGAAGCUCUAUGAGAAGCUGCUGACAGCAGUGGAGGAGACCUGUGGGUUUGCUGUGGAGUGAAGUGCAGCCCAAGGCAGCAGAUGCUAGCUCUCGGCCACCAGACCCCAAGCGAUGCUCUCUGUGUGCCUCCGCGAAGCCGGCUGAGGCCCUGGAAUCCUAGAACACCCGAGGGAAAGGCUUGUCUCCCCUGCUUCUCGUUGGGGGAGCAAAGGGGGCGGGGGGACUUCAGUUGGUGGCUCUCACCCAUAUUUUCCUCCUGACAGAACCCCCCCACCCCUUCCAUCACCCAUCCAAUAAAACGCAGCCAGGUUUAGCACUGCUUCGGUCACACAGGAUAUUCUGCUACGGUUGUAACGCUUCUGGUGACAGGCUCACUGCCCUGUGGGCUUUAGAGGAGUCUUGACUCACAGUUAUGGAGCUGAGCGGGGCUGCCUGAGGGUUCGGCCCUGGUAGCUGGACUAGCUCUUCUGUCUCCAAGCAGACCUGAGGUUUUCAAGUUCAGCAGCUCAAAUUCCAAAUUUCACAUCCUAGCAGCCUGCUCUGGGUAGCAGAUUAAUUUCUACCUGAACAAUAACCGUAUAAUAUAUGCUUAUUGGAAUUCUGCCACUGCAGGAAGCUGGCAUCAAAACUGUGCUUCCCUUUUGGAAAGGUAAGGGAAUCGGGGCAGCUUGUGCUGGAGGCCUGGGUAUUUAUUUCUUUUCAGGGUUUCCUGGCUGAAAAAUCUGUUUUGCAUAAAGAAAAAUGAUCUUUCCUUUUAAGAGUCCCUUUAGCCACGUUAUCUAUCCAGUUUGAAAUAUUUUCCCAGCGAAAACACCACAUAACAGAGCUUAUAAACAAGCAGCCCAAACCCAGCUUCAGAUGCUCGCAGCCAGGUGCAGGCUGUGGCUGCUGCCCCCACCUGUACUUGGAAGGGCGUCGACUGGGCCACGUGCAUGCUAACAAACCAUUUUGUGGAAAGCACUAAACUAAUAGAACAAAAUUCCAUCAUUGUAGCUGCUGGCUUGGUGCAAACCAGCUUGAAAGGGAGAGAGAGAACGGAUAACCCUCCAUGACCUAAAUCCACCCCAGGUUACUCGUUUACAAGAAGUAGGUCGUGGAUGGAAACCUGAAGGCAGAGAGGGGCCACUCCACCGUGACACGUUCAGCCCACUUCCCCAACGUCUGAUGGUGACACUAACAACUGCUGCUCCAUUCACUUGUCCAGAUAUGAGCAAGGCCAAAGCAAGCCUUGACCCUAGGUUUCUACCAGCAUUUUCCAAUUUGCACAGAAGAUCAAAAAGUAUUUUAACAAAGUGGUUUGAUUUCAGAUAAAGUUCAGCAGAAAAACAGCAGUGGCGGCAAGUUCUCCCGUAUGGUGGUGGUUUUUGUUUGGGGGGCGAGUGCAGGGUAAUUCAUUAGCAAGACCUUUCACUGUUGAAGUUUUGUUGUAAGGUUCCGAGUUCAGUGCUGGGAUCCAGCUGCGGGUCUGAGGUGGGUUUGGAAGGAGCUUUCUGGCCGACUGUCCCGUCUGUUCUUUCUGUUCCUAACGCCUGUGGACGGUGCUAGGUUUGGAGGCGCACUUACUUACCCCCUGCACCUUGCUGUGGUUCUUCGGCUCGACCGGGAAGCAGCCAGUGGUCUGACGUUUGGCGGGCCGGAGUUCGCUGGCUGGAGGUUCCAGGAGCGAGAGAAAGCCGUGCUUCUGGGUGACUUGCUGAGGUUCUAGAAUAGGAAGGAUGCCUUGGCUGCAGAAGGAGAAUGUAAUCCGUUCAGAACGUCCAGGAUGGACUGCGGGCUGAGUCUCUCCGAAGUCCCGCCUUGCUUGUUGGGCUUCUCCUGUGUCUCGUUUACCGUGACACCUUCUGGCGUCCUGGAAGCUGGCUGCCGUGGGUCCUCCUCUGGAGGAAUGAGGAAAUGAAUGAUACAGACAGACCCCCACCACCACCACUCUCACCCGCCAGACAGGUCUCCUCUGUAACACGGACCUAAACCGCAAGGAGGAGACUGCCUUCCGGGAACUGAGGCCCUCGAGACUGAGGGGGGAAGGCCCACCCAGUUAUCCUGUGGUGUCGGCCAAAAUCCGCAGGAAGUUAGGAAGGAAACAAGGGUCUAGUGGUUGGAAAGACUUGGAAGCAGGAGUGUGCCAUUUGCCUCCUUUAAAGCUGCCUUCCUGCUGAUGGCGGGUGCUGGGGGUGGGAUGGGUAGUGCCCCUGCCGGCCCCAGGCCACCCUCACGUGUCAGGUGUCACCUCGGCAAGCUCCAGAGGCUCACGUCCUGGCUCCUCCACGGGCUGCUGGGGAAAGUCGACUUACCUGCCCGCAAGGCCUGGGUCUCCGCUUUCGUACUGGGACGCGGGCGCCUCACCAGCUGCGUGGGUUGUUGUGGAGCCUGGCACAGCAGAACCUUCCGGAGCCCCAGGUCACUCCUGCCAAACAGGGCUGUCGGUGGCACUGCUCCUAGAACCGUAACUGUCCACAGUGGGUUGGGCCUUUGGAACACUCCCCACCCCCCGACCACUCCCACCAAAGAAUAGUGUGGCAAGCCGUGGGUUUUGGGGUCUGCGGGAGCCUCCCCAUCUGUCGCCCUUCUCGGGAACCCCAGCGACCCACCUGGUCCCCUCAGCUCUCUGCCCAGAUGCUUCAGGGCCCGACUUCCAGGCUUGCCUCACCAGCGGUCAUCAGCCGACCCUCAGGGAUGUAGCAAACCACCGCUCUGCCAGUGCUGUGGGGAGAACGGAGGGGCCCCGGGGUGACAGUGGGUGGAGCUCUCCUGACUCCCGCAGGGAGAAGCGCCUGGAACUGCGGCCCCAGAGCUUGCCGGGCCGCGUGGUCCAAAUGCAGGUCAGGUGGUCCUCCGAUCGGAGCUGUCCGAGAAAACGCCCCUCUGCCCCCGUCCGCAGCCAGGUGUGUGCUGCACGGCAGCCUUCCCAAAACAUAGUAUGAAUUUUAAAAAUUUGUUUAUUUUUGUUUCUCAACCACUUUAUAAUGUAUUUUUUAAUUUAUUUUGUAAUGUCUUGUUUUUAAGUAUUGCUGCUAUCCUUGUUAUCCUUCCCACUGUUUUUAUUGCUGAUUUAUUUUGUGAAAGUUGUACACUAAAUGUUCUGUUUUAUGUCAAAAUCAAAAGUAUUUAAAGAAAUACUAGUUCUAUUUAAUGUGGUUAUAGAACCAGCUGGAAACACAAAACAAACAGUGAUUGUACAGCAGGAUGGACCCCGGCGGUCAGGUUCAUUUUGUUACAUAUGCAAUAAACUCACAACUUUACGUUU